AUGUGGAAAAUUGUCCGCAGAUGCCCGCGUGCGUCGUCAUUCGUGGCAGUUCGCUCCUUCCGUAACUCUGCUGGAGCGAAGGUACCUUUGGCCGGUGCCACCACAACUACAACAACUCCAACGAGCACCAAUGUGCCUCCGCCUGGUGAGACAAUGUCUUGGUCUUCGAAUAGAGACAGUGUUCCGCAAAAUGCGUUCACCAGCGACUACUCACAGGCUUGGUCGUUGCUCGAGGCGUGUUUGGAGAGCGGUAAUCUCGAAAGAGCAGAGGCGGUUUUGGUCGGUCUGGUCGAUCUUGCCACAGACCAGAACGAUAUUACUCUUGCAGUCAACAGCUACCUGCUAAAAGUCAUCGAGACAAACGCUGGACACCCCUUGAUAGCAGAGACUUGGCUCAGAAAAACUAUUUAUCUGAUUCCUAGGUUCAAACCAAACGGAGUCACGGAAGCUAUGAUGCUCAAGAACGCAUACCUGUCGGGUGAUACGAGCCAUUGGCGGAAAUACGUAACGGACCGCAAAGACAAGCUUAGCAGUGUUUUAAGUCACAUCGAGGUUUUAGGCGCUCAAACCUGCCGAGAUAUCGUUGUGAAUUCCGGAUUGGACAUUUCCCAAAUGUCUUUAGACAAACACACGAAAGCUCUCAUUGAGGCCACAUCUUCCAGCACGGCCGAAAAACCGGAUUUAGAUGAAGUCAUGUCCAGAAAACUCGCUGAUCCGGUCAAGAAGAAGGGCUACGACGUUCUAGAGCCCACUCAAUCGGUUGGCUUGAAAACAAUUAGACACAUGCUAACCGGCUUGCAACUGGAUUCGAACGCUCUCAAAUCUAUUCCGCUUAUGCAAGAGAAAAGCGAAGAAAAGAAUGACUACGAUUUCUUCGAGCUCUCGAAACAAAUCUCGAACGAGGACCGAGAAGCAUUUGAAAUUUAUCUGGAUCAAAUCAACGAAAAGCGCCAGCAAGCCAUUGAGACUCGUGGUGUCGAGGCCGCUCGUAUGAAAUGGAAGGAUAUGUUCGAUCGUAUGGUUGAACAAGACCGCAGUGGCGAGACCAAGGUUCAACUCAAGGGACUUGAAAUGCUGCUUUGGCAAUGGAACCAGGCAGUAUUACCUUUGAUCAAAGAAGAGUUCGAGCAAGUGCGUGAGGCGCUCAAAUAUAACUCUUUGGGAGAAGUUCCGGCCAAGCUGCGCAAAAAGAGCAGCGGGUUUGCCGACAGAUUCGAGUAUGGUCCUUACUUACUGAUGGCCAAACCUGAGAACCUACCAGCCAUGACGAUGAUGGAAUUGCUCCGUUUGAACAGCUCUCAAACUGGCGAUGGAAUCAAGGCUGUCAAAGCGGUCCUUGCAGUUGGUCGCAAUGUCGAGUUGGAUUGCCGACUGCAAAUGUACAAAGAACGUGAGCUUGAGGCUUUGAAAGGUGUCUCCGGCCGUCCCCGCCAUCGGGCUUUGGUGGGUGUAAAGCGGCAAAUUCGCAAGUUGGCCGGUGACUCUUCGCAGAGUUCAUGGCCAAUCAAUGUCCAGGCCAAAAUCGGAUCCAUGCUCAUUUCGCUAUUGCUAAAAGUAGCAAAAGUCAAUGUUUAUGGUAAAGACCCAGUUACUGGACGUCAGGUCGUUGGUCGUGCUCCUGCGUUCUAUCAUGCGUAUCAGUACCAAGGUGGAAACAAAGUGGGUAUGAUCCGAGCUCAUAAAGAAGUUUCGCGAUACUUGACAGGCGAGCAUACAGCAGCUGUCAUUUCUCCCCAGCAGCUCCCUAUGCUGGUUCAACCCCGACCUUGGACGGCUUGGAACGAUGGUGGGUACCUGUUUUCUGAAUCCCGCAUGAUCCGUACCAAGGAGUCCCCCGAGCAAGUCGCAUAUCUCUCUGCUGCUUCUAAGCGUGGCCAGCUCCAGCGUGUGUAUGAUGGUCUGAAUGUUCUGGGCCAGACCCCUUGGACAAUCAACAAAGAUAUGUUUAAAAUCAUCUCCAAAAUCUGGAACACUCAGAAGGAGUUUUUGGAUAUCCCUCCUAAUGUAGGCCCUCAGCCUGACCCUGAGCUGUUGCCAAUGGCCCCUCCUCGCGAUGCCGACCCCCAAAUCCGACGUGAUUAUUUGCGUGAAAUGCGUGCCAUCACUUUGGAUAACUCUGCCAAGUACUCUCAGCGGUGUGACUUGAAUUACAAGUUGGACAUUGCCCGUGCAUUUUUGGGUGAACGGUUCUAUAUGCCUCACAACCUGGACUUCCGUGGUCGUGCCUAUCCUCUGUCACCGCAUUUGAACCAUUUGGGAAAUGAUGUGAGCCGUAGUUUGCUCAUGUUCUGGAAUGGCAAGAAGCUUGGUGAGAACGGAAUGAGAUGGCUCAAGAUCCAUCUUGCCAACUUGUUUGGCAAAUCCAAGGCCUCUUUUGAUGAGCGGGUCGAUUUCGUCAAUGAGAAUAUUGGGCUCGUCUUUGAUGCCGCGAAUAACCCACUGGACGGUAAAUGCUGGUGGAAGGAGGCAGAUUCACCUUUCCAAGCUUUGGCUGCUUGUAUUGACAUCGCUAAGGCCUCUCAAAUGGAGAACCCUGCAGAUUAUGUGUCUCACUUAACCGUCCACAUGGAUGGUAGUUGCAAUGGUUUGCAGCAUUACGCCGCUCUAGGUGGAGACUACGAAGGUGCGUGCGAAGUCAACUUAUCUAUUGCGGAUCGUCCUCAGGAUGUUUAUUCGCGUGUGUUGGAAAUUGUUAAAGACAACGUUGCGAAGGACGCCGAAAAUGGUAACCAGCUUGCUGCUCUUUUGCAUCCUGUUUUGACUCGUAAGGUUGUUAAACAGACUGUCAUGACCCAUGUUUAUGGUGUGACAUUUAUCGGUGCGAGAGAGCAGAUCUCCAAUCGCUUGCGCGAAAUCGAUGAGUUCCCUCAGGACCAGGUUUACACUGCUUCUUCUUAUAUGGCCAGUAAGGUUUUGGGUGCCGUUCGUCAACUAUUCGAGAGUGCACAUCUUAUUCAGGACUGGCUUGGAGAGAAUGCGUUGCGAAUCACCAGGUCUCUUGUGGUUGAUCGCAACGCAGUGGAAACUAAAAACAAAGACAAAUCUCGUCCUGAGUUUAUGUCCAGUGUCAUCUGGACGACUCCUCUCGGCCUUCCUAUUGUUCAACCUUACCGUCAAGAGAAGAGGCGUCAAGUCUCUACAGAGCUGCAAACAGUAUAUAUUACUGAUCCUUACUCUGCUCAAGCGGUAAAUUCGCGCAAGCAGCGUACAGCAUUCCCACCCAACUAUAUCCACUCGUUGGAUGCUACUCACAUGUUGAUGAGUGCAGUUGCAUGUGCCAAAUCAAGUAUUGACUUUGCUGCCGUUCACGACUCUUAUUGGACCCAUGCCUCUAGUGUCGAUGCUAUGAACACCAACCUGCGCGAGUGUUUUGUUGAACUCCACAGUGUUGACCUCAUUGGUGAGCUCCGCACCGAGUUCAAUCAGCGUUAUGGUGAUCUGUUGCAGCUGGUCGAUAUCCCUGCUGAUUGUGAGAUUGCUCAGCGUAUCCUGGACUGUCGCACCAAGCAUGCUGUCGCCAUGGGUGUUAAAUCGAGCUUGUCGGUUAGCGAACAAAUCCAGAUUGAGCGGGCCCGUCGUGAGGCCAUCGAAAACGGCAAAGAAGCAGACGAAACCCCCGUGAGUAUUUUACAGACUCUGCCUGAACGCGAGCUCGAAGAGUUUGUUACCCAGGCUAACAGUAUGAAGAAGAAAUACGUCGCCGCUGCACCACGAAGCACUGAGCACGUGGGAAGUGGUCUUGAUCGUUUUGAAGACCCCGAGGCAACUGACGAUGAAGUUGCUGUCUCCAGUGGUAAAAAAGGUAAAGUACUCAGUGUUCUCGUUCCAUUGAGAAUCCCUGAAACCCCACCAAGAGGAGAGUUUGAUGUUCGACAGGUUCUGCGGUCACCUUACUUUUUCUCUUAG